AUGUUAAGGACUCAACUGAAUAGUCUUAAGAAAGAGAAUAUAUAUAUUGUUCAAUAUCUACAGAAGAUUAAGACCAUAGCAGAUUCUUUAGCCGCUAUUGGUGAGAAAGUUAGUGAUGAAGAUCUAAUGAUGUUUGUGUUGAAUGGAUUAGGAAAUAAAUAUGAUGUCUUUGUUAUUUCACCACAAAACAGAGAGAAACCUUAUUCUUUUGGAGAAGUUAAGGAUAUAUUACUUUCUCAUGAGCAAUUUCUUGCUGAGAGACAUCAGAAUAACACAAAUGUUUAUGAUGAUCAAAAUACAACAUUUUAUGCAAGAAAUGGACAAUCUUCUUAUAAUAUCAAUAAAAGAAAUGGUGUAAAUAACAAAAAUGGAACUGGUGGUCCUUAUGAUGAGUGCCAAAUAUUAUGUUCAGAAAGUUAUCAGCAACCAUCAACAACUUCUUCUGGUACUCAUCAAGAAUUUACAAGUUUGAAUGUUAAUGUCUCUGCAGUGAAUGAUGAUCCUUCUUCAAGUACUGUGUGGAUUUAUGAUAGUGGAGCAUCAGCACAUAUGACUGGUGAUAGAUCCAUUCUUACUAAUACUUCCAACUUCAAAGGAAAGGAGCAUGUGAGAAUUGAUUACAAGUGUUUCUUAUCAGUCCAACUUAUUGCUUCAGAAAACCAGUUAGCUGAUCUUUUUACUAAGGGUCUCUAUGCACCAAUUUUCAGUUCUUUGCUGCAACAACCAUUAGGUACAACUGCUUCUGCUUCUACUUCUACUUGA